AUGGAUCCCAACGAGACCAAACCAAAAUUGAACGGCUUAUCCAAUGGCGCACCAAACACGAAGAUCGCAGCAACUGUUACCAACUUCUUCAGUGCCCACCCCAAUAUCCGCUUUGUUCGUUUCCAGUGGCAAGAUCUUUCUGGUCUCUUACGAGGCCGCAUUAUUCCUCUCGAGCAUGCACUUGCGAUAGCAGCAGGAGAGCGGACGUUACGCGUGGGGCCAGUGGCAUUUAUGGGUGUUGUAGACAACAGUUUUCUGCCAAGCACAGACUUCAAGGGCAACGAUGUGCUUGUGACUGACUGGACAUCGUUACGGACACGACAACGACUGGAUCCCUUGUAUGCCAGCGUCAUGUGUAAGGUUGUCCAGCACCUCCCCUACCUGACUCAGCCAAAUUGGAAUCUCUGUCCACGGCGGGCUUUGGAGACGGUGGUGGAAAAGGGAAAGCAGACGCUCCAUGUCGACUUCCUUGUCGGACUUGAAGUCGAGUUCGAAAUCAUGAAGGCCACAGACGAAGGAGGGUAUGUUCCAUACGCCAAAAGCCUGGAGGAGGCUGUUGUGGCAUUGAUGGAUGCUGGAGUCAAAAUCGACGCAUUCCAGAGCGAGGGCAAUCGGGGACAGUACGAAAUCGCUCUAGGGCCGCUGCCUCCUGUGCAAGCUGUUGAUCAGUUACUCCUAGUCCAUGAUACCCUCAAACACAUAUUUGCCCGCCACGGACUGGUAGCCACCAUGUCACCACGCCCAUUGCCAUCACGACGGCAAUCAUCGGGACAACAUGCCCAUAUCAGCAUCAAUCCGCCACAAGAUGAGGAAUCUUUCUUGGCUGGUAUGCUGCAGAGGCUUCCUCAGCUCUGUGCCUUCGGCCUUCCUUACGAAAUAUCGUAUGAGCGCGUGAAGCCCGUAUUUGCUGGCAACAUGGUGUCAUGGGGCACUGAAGACCGCACGGUGCCCAUCCGGAAGGUCAAGGCCGGCCAUUGGGAAUUUCGUUCCCUUGAUGCCACGGCCAAUAUGUAUCUUGCUUUGGCAGCAAUACUGAGCGCCGGUAUUCUUGGAUGCGUUACUAAGGAGCCUCUGGUCCUAAAAGACUGCGGUAUUGAACUUCACUCAGAUAAUAAAUACGGUGAAACGUUGCCUCAAAGCCUUGACGAAGCACUUAACCGGCUAGAAACGACGUUUGAAGAGCUUGAAAACGUGAUGGAAAGCAGAAUCAUCCGACACUAUCUCCAGAUGAAGAAAUAUGAGGCAUCAUUGGUUCGGAACAUGGGGACACAAGCAGCUCGAGAUCUUCUGAUUGAGCUUUUCUAG